UCGGGCGCGCAAGUCCUCGCCCCUACCACGCCGCUGCCUCACACGCUCCCUCUCAGCCCCCUCUCUCUCUCAUUCUCUCGGCGAGAGUCUACAAACGGCUGCCUCCCUCUCAGUUCUUUACCCGGCGCUCGAACCGUUCGAAGAUCGCCGGAUCCACCGACCGGACCAACGGAAUACCACGGAUACCAUUUCCCAAAACGCCGUCUAUUAUUUUUGCUUUUUUUUAUUUCUCCUUCUUCCCUGUGGAAUGUGAGACAAGGUUUUUACUGUGCUGUGCUGUUUAUAAUAUAGAGAAAAAUACAGAUAUUUUUCUUUUUUAUUGGUGUAUAUUGUGCUUUUUCACUGGUCACUUUUUGAUUUAUUUUUGACUACCCGGAACUGUUCAACGUCCAGAUUGAAGGGAAUCGUUUUCUAUCGAAUCAAGCUGCCCCGAGCUCGACAACACUGUUAGGACCUUAAGGAAUGACGUUGUGGGUGGGCUCGGACAGAAUUAGCGGCUCGUGGGGCGGAGGGCCUGUGGCCGAGGCCGGCCCAGGCUCGGACAAAAGCACGUUGGAGGUGGCCGACUGCGAGGAUGACAAAGAGCUGGCAGCGGCCGACGCCGAGGGCGUCUGGUCCCCGGACAUCGAGCAGAGCUUCCAGGAAGCACUCGCCAUCUACCCGCCCUGUGGCCGUCGCAAAAUCAUCCUCAGCGACGAAGGAAAGAUGUACGGGCGAAAUGAGCUGAUCGCUAGGUACAUAAAACUUAGAACUGGAAAGACCAGAACAAGGAAACAAGUGAGCUCCCACAUUCAAGUGCUGGCCAGAAGGAAACUCAGAGAAAUUCAGGCCAAGCUCAAAGUGGUCAGUACAUCAGCACCACAAGUGGUGCCGACGGACCAUGCUGCCAAAGAGAAGGCACUCCAGACAAUGUCAUCCAUGUCUUCGGCGCAGAUUGUCUCGGCUACGGCGAUUCACAACAAGACAGCUGCCGGUCUGGCGACAUUAGGACUUACCCCACCUGUGACUUAUACCACACCUUUUUGGCAACCCGGUCUUCAACCUGGUACAUCACAAGACGUGAAACCAUUUUCUGGAGCUCCAGCGUACACUGGAAGUAAAGCAGCGGGAGGAGUCACAGGAAGCACUGGUGAACUGGGAGUUCCUCCUCCACCACCAUGGGACGGCAGAGCAAUAGCGACUCACAAGCUUCGGCUUGUAGAAUUUUCUGCAUUCAUGGAGCAGCAGAGAGAGCCUGAUACUUAUCACAAACACCUUUUUGUUCACAUUGGAGGACCUACUACUUAUUCAGAUCCACUUCUAGAGGCUGUAGACGUUCGACAAAUUUAUGACAAAUUUCCGGAAAAAAAGGGAGGUUUGAAAGAACUGUAUGACAAAGGCCCCCAAAAUGCCUUUUUCCUGGUCAAAUUUUGGGCUGAUCUCAAUACCAAUAUCCAAGAUGAAGCCAAUGCUUUCUAUGGAGUAACCAGUCAAUACGAAAGUAAUGAAAACAUGACUAUUACCUGUUCAACAAAAGUUUGUUCUUUUGGAAAACAAGUCGUUGAGAAGGUUGAAACUGAGUAUGCAAGAUUUGAAAAUAGCAAAUUUGUGUACCGCAUUCAUAGGUCACCAAUGUGUGAAUAUAUGAUCAACUUCAUCCAUAAAUUGAAACACCUGCCAGAAAAAUAUAAUAAGAACAGUGUUUUAGAAAACUUUACUAUCUUACAGGUUGUGACAAAUCGUGAAACCCAGGAAACACUGUUGUGUACUGCGUAUGUUUUUGAAGUGUCCACAUCAGAGCAUGGAGCGCAGCAUCAUAUAUACAGACUUGUUAAGGACUAAACGGACAUUAAAUGAUUGUACACUACUAAAUCAUGUGUUUUUGUGUAAACUGAAGAUAUAUUACAGGUAUAAUGGAUAUCGCCAAAAAAAAUAAAAAAUAAAAAUAAAAAAAUGGCACCUUUACUAUCUCAUUAAAGUGGUUAAUUAGAAUUUGAUUGCUUCUUGUUCAAGUGUACUUUCUCAUUAGGACCACUAACAACCUAAAAAUUCUUUUUAUUGUAUAAAGUCAUAUUUAAAAAUGUUUUGUUGGUACAAAUUCAAUAUCGUGUUUAACACAUUUAUAUUUAUAUG